CUGAAAAACGGGAAACUUGACUUGAACUUGUGAAAAGGGACUGCAAUUAUCUUGGAAUUUUACCUAAUAUUUGACAGCUAACCCCCAAAACGAUCCAUGACUACUUGGUAGGGUUUGUGAGGUUUGGUCUUAGCGAAAAAACCUCUAGAGAAAGAAGAAAUUUUUUUAAAGGUUAUUCAACAGUAUCAGCAACGGCUUGUCAGUCAUCUUCCUCGUCGGCCACAAUGGCGGUGUCGAGAGUGCCGACACCUCCGCCACCGGAGAUGUCGUGCCCUGUGGCCGAGAAUUGGUGCUACACGCAGGUCAAAGUUGUUAAAUUUUCAUAUAUAUGGACAAUAAACAACUUCAGCUUUUGUCGAGAAGAGAUGGGUGAAGUGUUAAAGAGUUCAACAUUUUCAGCUGGAGCAAAUGACAAAUUAAAAUGGUGUUUACGGGUUAAUCCAAAGGGGCUUGAUGAGGAGAGCAAAGAUUAUUUGUCAUUGUAUUUAUUGCUAGUUUCUUGUAACAAAAGUGAGGUUCGUGCAAAAUUCAAGUUUUCAAUACUGAAUGCCAAAAGGGAGGAAACAAAAGCCAUGGAGAGUCAAAGGGCCUAUAGGUUUGUUCAGGGCAAAGAUUGGGGGUUCAAAAAAUUCAUCCGUCGAGACUUUCUGAUGGAUGAAGCGAAUGGACUCUUGCCAGAUGACAAAUUAACAAUAUUUUGUGAAGUCAGUGUUGUAGGAGACACAAUUAAUGUCUCUGGUCAGUCUAACUGUACCCCAGUCAAAGUCCCAGAACUCCGGCUCAGCGAUGAUUUUGGAGGCUUGUUUGAGAGAACGUCUUUCAGUGAUGUGACGCUGUGUGUUCACGGCCGUGAGUUCCAGGCACACAAGGCUGUCUUAGGAGCACGAUCUCCUGUUUUCAAUGCUAUGUUUGAACACGAGAUGGAAGAACAGAUUAAGAAUAGGGUAGAAAUUCUGGAUGUUGACCAUGAAGUAAUGCGAGAGAUGUUGAGGUUUAUUUACACAGGGAAGGCCCCAAACUUAGAGAGGAUGGCAGAUGAUCUGCUGGCUGCUGCUGACAAGUAUGCCUUGGAGAGACUGAAGGUGAUGUGUGAAGAAGCCCUUUGCUCCAACCUGACCAUUGACAAUGUUUGUGAUGUGUUAGUUUUGGCAGAUUUACAUACUGCAGACCAGCUGAAAUCUCAUGCAAUUGAUUUUAUUAAUUGUCAUGCAACUGAUGUGAUGGAGACAUCAGGUUGGAAAUCCAUGAUAGUAAACCAUCCUCACCUAGUAGCUGAUGCGUUCCGGGCUCUGGCCAGCCAACAGAGUCCCCCACUGGGCCCACCCAGGAAGCGCGUCAAGCAAUCCUAGACGUCAUACCUCCAGCUUCCAAGAGCUGUUGAUAUACAGUGACUGUCUCUUCUUCCGAGUGACUCGUAGAGAUUUUCUCGCUGUUGUUAUCACUGUAGAGUAAGCUGUUGUGAUGUUAACACGAGAGUGGAAGACUGUGUUAUUCCUGGAACAUCAUUAUUCUAUUCUGAGUAAGACUGUGUUCAGUAGACAUCAGUGCAUCCCCCAGCAUGGACUACACACUGGAGUAAGCAAGCCAUGCCAUGUGGCAUGAAAUCAAGUUGUGCUGAUCAAGUGGUCUUACUACACGGUGGUGGUGAGAUUACAAAUGCGUACUGUUGUGUUGACAUGUUGGACAGUUGUGAGAAAACAAGAUUUGCAGAAUUACCAUUAAUGCGGAGCUGAAACUAUUUUUGGAAAUUUGCAGUUGGUUGCUGUAUUAAAGACCUAUAAGUACAGAUCACAUGACAGUGUGUGUAUCCUGCCAAACUCUUUGUUUGUUUGCAAAUUAUCUGAGCAAUGCUGAGACAUGGAUUAUUAUUGCUAAACGUAAUUGUAUGCCUGUUAUGAUGUAUCUCAAGGUUGACACACGCAUAGUACACCCCUAAUGAACACUAAAAACUAGCAAUGUCCAACUGCCAUUUUACAGCUCUCCUCCCUCAGCAAUGAUAUUUGUUACUUGUGUUAUUGUUCUUUCAUUCUCCAUUGCUGUUACCAUUAAUAUAUCUGUUGAUAAGCCAAACAGUCCACAUGGUAUGACUUUUGUACCAUUUUCUGCAGAUCUGCUGAAGAUUUUCAUUUCUAAAACUCUUUGGCAGUACACACGAAAUGUACAUAUGUUCCCUAUACAUGUAAAUAAUAGGUUUUCUGGAAGCCAGUGUUCGCAAACUGUUGUUCAUGGUGUUCCUAUCAUCAGAGCCCUUGGCCCUUCUUAUAGGAUUACCAGUACACCCAGUUAUUAGCCGCAGUUUGUGAUAAACUACAUACCUGUACAAAAUGUCUAUACACAUGCUAUGUUUUGCUAGCGUUACUCAUGUGAGCAGUUCACAUCUGAUGCAGUGCUAUCCCUGUGAUCUGAAUAGUCCUGUACAAAGUUAACAUGUAACAAACUAGGCACAGAACCAUACACUGUUCACAGCUUUGAGCUUUGAGGUAUCUUUCUGCUGCCAUGUAUAUGUACAUGCCCAUGUUUAUUAUAUGACUUUAAUUUAUUAAGAGAAAAUUAUUAUUGCUUUUGUGAAAUACUGUUAUUGUUCAGUGUAAUAUUGUAAAUAUGUUACCUUGCACAUUCUGAAAACCAAUGAUUUGUACCAUAAAGCCUAGGUUUCUUUGACAUGGAAUGUUAUGUCAGUAGAACUUUGAGAUGUUUGGUAUGGCAGAGUGAAAAUUAAAUGACCUAGAGGUAGAUUUCACAAUGAAGUUUCAUGCCAUGAGUAUGAUUGAAAAGUUGUGUGGAAACUUAACAUGUCGCACAGUCUGUAAAAUUCCCUCGAACAGCAGUCAGUAAUGUGAAUUAAAUAUAAAAAGAUAAGGUUGAGUGACUUGUUUGUAAAAUGUGCUUUGUUUAAUAUACUAGAAUGUACGUCUUAUGAGGAGGCCACAAUUCAAUUCCUAUUUGCCUGGCUUGUCAGUUAUGAUAGGGUAGCUAGCAAAAAUUUAUUCCUUCUUCCACCUGUAGGUCUUUCAUAUUACAACAAAAUACUGAACAUCGUCAGGUUCUCGUUAGAGUUAGAUCAAAAGAUAUGUCAUAAGCAUCUUGCAUAAACAAUGUUUAAGUUGCCUUAACAUGUAUGGUUUGGUUUCUGUUUUUAAGCUGUACAGGUGUGGCAGAAUCAUCUCUGACAUCAGUUUUUGACUUCUGUUGGCGAUAAUCAAAUGUACCAUAAUUUUGUAUUACAGACAUUUUUGUGUGACAAAUCUACAUACUCUGUACUUCAUUCUUGUUUUGUGGCUGCUUUUAUAGAUGUCAAUACAUGCUCCUCAACAGAAGUCACAUGGCGCACUAUCCUAUUGUGCCUGUCCAUAGUGUGGAAAGCAGUUAUGAUGUAAAGGGAAUGUUAAGAGUUGUGAAAUAUUUGUUUAUGGAUUUUUAUAACUUAAGCAUUAGUUAGAAGUCAGCAUCAUUAAAUUAGUUUUCCUGCAAAGAAAAAGAAACAAAAAAAAAAACCUAAGACAAAAUCGGGGCUGAUUCCACAAAGAACUUUUUGACUCGAGUCAAGAUUUAAAACUCUGUUCGAUGCUUAGGUUUUUGGUACUGGAAGUUGAAAUUUUGACUCAUUUGUCUUAAAAGAACAUUGAUGAGGCUUACAAAAUUUUAAUGUCUAAAACACAAAAUACGCUUUGAGAUUGUAUUUCAAAUUUUUCGAACAUGUAAGUCUGGUAUGGCUUUGUGGAAUUGCCCCCAGAUACUUGUCAUGGGGUGAGUUUCUAGUUUUCAUUUAAAACAUUCUUCUUCUGUAAUGAUCCAUAUGGCAAGUGUGAAAAUGGAAACGUGGACCUGACAUAGUAAAUGUGACUGGUGCAAGGUGGCUUUUUACUCUGCCUACUGGUGAAAGAGUGGCCACCAGUACCAUCACGUGUGGUACAUUACAGAGGACAACAGGAUAACAUGAACAUU